AUGCCUCCGCGACGGGCGACCUCCACGGCUUGCGCGCAGCCUGUCGACGCGUCUUCAAGUUCAAGCCACCUCCAGGGGCGCUCAGGGAAUGCAUCCAAGCGGAAACACGACUCCACCGAAAACCCGGAUGAUGAUGCUGGUCCCCGACCGAAGAAGAUCCAACCUUCUACCUCUGCGGACACUACCUCUGAUGUCCCAGGCCAGAGUAGCGGAAGCCUGGACGACAUCGCCUUCGAGGGCGAGAUGCGCUUUGAGGUCAUCUCCGGCCCGACUGGUGGUGGUAUUCGUCUCCAUGGCCCGCGCGGGUUGUGGGGGAUGGACGCCGCAUUCUCGUUGUCUUUUGCUUCAAUAGAAGCGAUCAUCGUCAUGAAGAACCUAAAGUCGUCUGCCCGGAAGAAGGAAGCUUACGAGAUAUUCAUCGUUCCCUCUGCCGCCACUGGCAUCGCCCCCAUCAAGAACAGGUAUCCUCAGCUUAUCUCGUUCAAGUUUCCCAAUCAGAAGGUGGACGGGGAGCUUCGUGGAGCUGCAGCCCGUGCUGGUGAUGCUAAGAAAGACACGUAUCUCUCCGUGUGCAAGAAGGUCUUGGACGAGCAACUCAUGCCAUUCGGCAAGGCCGUCACGGACUACACGGAGACCGCCGGUGUCAUAACCCAAGUUGAGGCGUCGCUGGAGCCUGUUUCGGGCACCGACUUGAAAAAGAAAUCGAAAGGUCACGUUCACUUUCUCGACACUGGCAUUCUCUUCCUCUCCAAAGAAGCAAGGGUCCUUGUGCCCUUUAGUCUCAUGACUGGGCUCAAUGUAAUCUUCGGCCUUGAAUCCCGAAAACUAAUGGGCAUGGAUGUAAUUCUCAAGGUUAGCGUGCCUGCCGACCCAGCCAGUAAGGAUGUGUUUGCUCGACUGGACUACGCCCUGCUUGCAUUCAAGAGGCUAUCGCCAGCUCUGACGAAGCAUAUCAAAGCAUACGCCGAAAAGCACACGGUUAAGGUGGAAUGGCUCAGUAUGGAGUACUACGAUUACGCCAAGGACUCCCCGAUGAGUGGCUGGAUGGACGCACCCGAGGACCUUGUGACGAGGCUUUGCCAGCCUCCGCGACAAGCAUGA